UACAAUCUGCACAAUUCUAUAAAUAUCUUCCCAUUUUACCCUUGUCUUUGAUAUUUUCUCUCUUGCAUGUGCAACUUGACUUCAAAUACUUGGAAGAACAGUUUCCUAAUCAAAAUUGGCGAAUAAUUUGGUGUAAUGGUGAAAUCAGGGGAUGAUGGGUCUUUAUUAUCAGUGGCUCCUUUUCUCAAGAAAUGCUAUGAAAUGGUAGAUGACGAUUCUACAAAUUCCAUCAUUUCUUGGACCCAAUCGGAUGAUAGUUUCAUUAUAUGGGAUUUGACUCAAUUUUCCGUUCAAUUGCUUCCCAAAUACUUCAAGCAUAACAAUUUUUCAAGCUUUAUUCGGCAGCUCAAUAUCUAUGGAUUCCGAAAGGUCGAUACUGAUCGUUGGGAAUUUGCGAAUGAUGGUUUUAUCAGAGGUAAAAAGCAUUUGUUAAAGAAUAUUCAAAGAAGGAAAUAUUCUCAUGCGACAGACAAUCGAAAAUCAUUGCCGCAGCAUAACAGCUCAGCUGAAUCCUCCGAUAAAAUUGAAAAUAAGGACCUGUGGAAGGAAAUUGAGAAUCUGAAGAUUGACAGAACUGCGCUUAUGCAGGAGUUGGUUAAUCUUAGGCAGCAUCAGGAAAAUGCAGACACUAAGUUGCUCACCUUGAGAGACCGCAUUCAAGGAAUGGAAACAAAUCAGCAACAGCUGCUGUCCUUCUUAGUCAUGGUCAUGCAAAACCCGGGAUUUCUGGUUCAGCUGCUUCACCCUAAAGAAAAUAACUGGCGGAUGGCGGAACCAGGAAGUAUUGUAGAAAAGGAUGUAGAAGAAGAAAAAUUGGUUUCUAACGGGAUGAUAGUAAAGUACCAUCCACCAAUUGUUGACAUGCCUACGCCUAUGGUUUCAGGAAGCCCGCAACAACCUAAUCAUUUUCCUGAUGAAAUUAAAGAUUCUUUUUUGAAUCCUGAUUUUGUAAAAAUGCUCGUGGAUGAAAAUUUGUAUUCAUUUGAAACUCUUGCCCCAUUUAUUCUACCAGAAUCACCGGAAGAUGGGGCAUGGGAACGGCUUCUUUUAUCGAGUCCUUUCGUGCAGAAUGUUGAUGAUAUCAAACAAGAUGGGGAAGAACCUGAUGAUGCAGAAAAUGGAAAUGGGUUAGCCGCUUCUGGUGAUCAGGUUGACUGGUUGAAUGAGUCUGAAAAUUUUGGGGUUUUAUUGGAAAACAAAUCAAUGGAUUAUGAACCUCGGUCUCAGGAGUUGGAAAUUGUGACCAAGAAGAUGGCUCAUUUGACUUCUGAAACCAACCAAGAAAAUGGACUAUAGCUCAGAAAAAGUAAAUAGUAAAUAUCAUAUAGAUAAUUUUUGCUGUGGCCGGCGCAGUCCGCUUAGUAUAAAACCAUAUUUUUGCUGUAAUGAUGGUGGAAGAAUCGGCAGGACAAAGACAGUGUUUUGUUCCAUGACAAUGAAAUCAACUGCUGUUAACUUGAGUUCUGCCUCUGAUACGUAAAUGUGUUCGCCUACUCUUUACAUAUCCUCAAAUUUCAAAGAUACUCAGUAUUUUUAUACUCCUCUCCUAUGCAAAAGCUUGCCAUUGUUGAGCUAUUUUUGGGAUGAAUAUUUGCCAACUUGGAUAGUCUAGUAAAAACUUCCCUAAUACUCCUUGAUCUCUGAUUGUUUUCAAAGGAAAAAACCAUGUAUUGUAUUAUGUUAGGGAGAACAAAUCGGCUUCAUUUUGAUUGGGAUCAGUUCAAGCAUGAACUGGAACUCCAUGAUUUUUAAAAGGCAUAUGGCCGAAGUCCUAGCUUGAUGUUCACUACUUUA